UCGUUAACCUAAAAUUUUCGGAAGUUGAAAUUUUGGGAACUUUUCAGCGUGCCGUGAAUAGUUUCGCCUACGGGAAGCGUGAUUUGCAUUCAUCCUUAUUCAUACGCUUAAUAUUUUGUGGUGUUUUAAUGCUGAUUUGAAAUAAUGAGUGAUAACGAGAGCAACCGAAGUUAUGGACGUGAAGAUGAAGAGGAGAAAAGAAUAGUAAGGGAAGACUCGCCCCCUCCGCGUGAUAAAAGCCGCACCCCUAGCUCUGCCUACUCUAAGUCAAAAUCCCCGUCUCCUCAUAUCAAUAGUUCCAGAAGAUCUUACGGGCGUAGCAUGUCUCGCUCUCGUUCACGCUCCAUCUCUCGCUCUCGGUCACGUUCCUAUGGACGAGACUCCAGGUCACAUUCAAGAAGCCCAAGGCACUCACGACGCAGGAGAAGGAGUCCAGACCGCGGUUACAAAAGACGUUACAUGGGAAGCAGAGAUCGUCCAAAACCUAACCGGUGCCUUGGUGUGUUUGGUUUGAGUAUCCAUACUACUGAAGAUCAAAUUUAUGAUAUUUUCUCAAAGUAUGGCUCCCUUGAGCGUGUCCAGGUCAUUGUGGAUGCUCAGACUCGGCGCUCACGUGGUUUCUGUUUUGUGUAUUUUAAAAACUAUGAGGAUGCAAAAGCCGCAAAAGAGGAGUGCUCUGAUAUGGAUGUUGACGGACGUCGUAUUCGUGUAGAUUUUUCGAUCACCGAACGGGCUCAUACACCCACGCCCGGAAUGUACAUGGGCAAGCCAUCAUACCGCAGCUCUGGUCGCAGAAGGGGUUUCAAUGAUGGUUACUACAACGGAGGUGGAAGACGCUAUGGCGGUGGCGGCGGCGGCUAUGGUGGAGGCAGACGAUCCCGUUCUCCAUAUUACGACAGGCGUCGACGACACUCGAGAUCUCGCUCGUACUCACGUUAGCACCCAAGUUGACAACCUCUCCGAUUCUCCACAGUUUUGUUUGAUUUAAAAGUAGUUUCUUUUUUUUAACAUUUUUACUUAAGUUUGCAAAACCGGCCAUUUUGUCCCUACGGAAACCUCUGAAUUUUUGAAAUGACUCACUUGAUGGCACAGAAGCUAGCCAUAUCUAAAAUUAAAGGUGAAACAAUCAACAUCCAUGGAAUUCCUCUACUGAAGGUUUAUAAAAUUCUUAAAAUUCAUCUUUUCCGCUAGAUUCUUGAUGAUGUUCUUUCUCCUCCUCCCCAAUCUGCAUCAAAGAUUUUUUAGCCAUUAUGUGUCCAAUUUGGUUUUGAAAGCCAGGAAAUAUUAAUUGUCUAUCCUCGUCAAUCAUUCAACAUUUAAUUGCUCUAGUAUGAAAUUCAACAGAGCACUGCAAUCUAAAUUCCUUUUGAUUUCGCCAAUUUUUUUAAAAUGUAUUUCUGGAGCUCAUGAAUUUUUUGGCUCAUCGGCUCCCACCUUUUUUAUGUAAACAUUAGAUUAGAUUUUUAGUUUAUUUUCUUUACAACCUCUUCAACACUUUGAUGCUGUAUGCUCUGUAGCAUGCAUUGUUUUUAUAGUUUUCUCUACAACUCCUGAUAUCUGAAAAGAGGAAUUUCCUAGCUAUCAUUAUUUACCCAGGCUGGUUUUUAUCAAGUAGAUGGUUGUGCUCAUCACCGUGAGCAAUUAGUAUUCUUUUACUUCUUGCCAAUGUUAGUGACUCCGCAACUGUAAGGUUGUUCAUGCUGUUUCUGCAAUGCCCAGCAAACAUUUUACUCUCGUCUCUCGCUCUGUGACAUCAUCAAAUUGUUAGUUUUAAUACAAGUAUUCUUGUUCAAUCCCCCUGCUUUUUAGUUUUUAUAUCUUUAAAAAAAGAACAAAACAAUAUCAAAAGGUUUUUUAUGGUCGUGGAAGAUAUUAUCUGUUUUGAUAAACUCAUAGGUAACCUCAAGUCCUGUGUUUUUAUCCUUGUAUACUUAGUCCUUAAGAUGACUCAGUGAAGUUGGAUCAGUCAUCUGGAGUUAUUUCGUUUGUUACUUUUUUUCUGAAUGUGAUAUUGACUUCAUUUCAUUUCACAAGUUAUCCCGGUAUACUGUCCGACUUCUCUCCCUCUUUCUUGUUUCUUCUGCUAUCUGGUGACUUCAUUUUUCUUUCGGCUCAUGCAAUAAAAUCGACGUCUUGCAGAAGAGUUAUGUAGUCCAUUGCUUUAUUUUGAAAUUGCCACUGACAAUUAUUGUGACUCAUGAGACAGAUUUUUGUGAUUCUCACCAAUCGCUUGAAGAAAAUCACUGAAAUUUUAGAGGAUAUCUGUCCCUUCAGCUAGUUUUUGAAAACUUUUGGUUAAUAUUUAGUAAUGAAUGUAUGCUUCCUCUCAAAAUAUUGAUUUAAUCAGUGUUCUUUCCGGUGUAACCAAUAAACCAUAAUUAAAGAGUCAAUAUUUUAAUUUACACCCCAAUCGUUGAGUUGACCACUGAUUCCUCUUGCUUCCAUCUUUAAAAUAAAUUUGGAAUAUCUGCUUUAAGUUCACUAGUUUAGUUAAAAGUUAGGUAAGAGGGACAUGACUGUUUCUCUAUCUCUUCACUUCGAUGUUUGGCUGGGAUGAAUUUUUGUGUCAUGAUGUAAGAACCACAUUUCGGUGAUUCGUUGUUUGGUAAAAAGAACAGAUAAUCAGUUUAUUGUUCCAUUAAACUGAUUUCAAUGAUUUUUCAAUAGAUUUCAAAUUGUAUAAUUAAUAAUAAAAUUUUUUAUACAACCCUAAA